AGGGCGAGGGGCAGGAAAGGCGCGGGCAGGCGGGGGAGGUGUCGAGAUGGCGUUCCGCGCGCGGAGCGGAGGGGACGAAACCGCAGAUGCCGAGUGAGCCGGAGAGCGCGGCGCGCGANCCCCCCCACCCCCCACCUCUCCCUUCCCCCGGCCGCCGCGGGAGCCCGGCCGGUCACACACGCGCGCCCGCUGCCUCGCGGGGCCCCGGGCUAGAUGACGGUGGACAGCAGCAUGAGUAGUGGGUACUGCAGCCUGGAGGAGGAACUGGAGGAUUGCUUCUUCACUGCCAAGACCACCUUCUUCAGAAAUGUGCAGAGCAAACAUCCUCUGAAGAAUGUCUGUAAACCCGCCGAGGAGACGCAGCGGCCGCCCACACUGCAGGAGAUCAAGCAGAAGAUUGACAGUUACAACACCCGGGAGAAGAACUGCCUGGGCAUGAAGCUGAGUGAAGAUGGCACCUACACGGGUUUCAUCAAAGUGCAUCUGAAACUGCGGCGGCCGGUGACGGUGCCCGCUGGGAUCCGGCCCCAGUCCAUCUAUGACGCCAUCAAGGAAGUGAACCUGGCGGCCACCACGGACAAGCGGACGUCCUUCUACCUGCCGCUUGAUGCCAUCAAGCAGCUGCACAUCAGCAGCACCACCACGGUCAGCGAGGUCAUCCAGGGUCUGCUCAAGAAGUUCAUGGUCGUGGACAAUCCCCAGAAGUUUGCACUUUUUAAGCGGAUACACAAGGACGGGCAAGUGCUCUUCCAGAAACUCUCAGUUGCUGAUUGCCCUCUCUACCUGCGCUUGCUCGCCGGGCCCGACAAUGACGUCCUCAGCUUCGUGCUCAAGGAGAACGAAACAGGAGAGGUGGAAUGGGAUGCCUUCUCAAUCCCGGAGCUCCAGAACUUCCUGACGAUCCUGGAAAAGGAGGAGCAGGAUAAAAUCCAGCAAGUGCAGAAGAAGUAUGACAAGUUUAGGCAGAAACUGGAGGAGGCCUUAAGAGAGUCCCAGGGCAAACCUGGCUAACCAGUCCUGCUUCCUUUUCUCCUGGUGCCCGCGGAUUUAUUUUUAUUAUUAAUUAUUAUUUUGCAACAGACACUUUCUCUCAGAACACCUGUGGCGGGUGCAUCUGUGCCCUCUCUCCCCCGGCCAUUCCAGAUGUGGCUCGAAACCUCUGAGGGACACGCGUGCUCAUGGGCUGGGCCCCACGUGCCGCCGAGCAGCAGCAGGACGGGGGGAGAGAAGAGCUGUGGACGUGGGCAAUCCGUGAGCCCUUCGUAAGCCAACCAGCUGCCUCUCUCAUCACCAGACUGGAACCGUUCGCACCAGCCGGCAAAGGGAAGAAAGGUUUUAGAGCUCUAUGUUCUUUCUCUGGCUUCUAUUCUUCUUUGAUUUCUCUCUUAUUUGCCACCCAUAAACCUUUAUUUAUGAGUCAGAAAUUGUAGCAUAUUCUUUGAGCAGGUCUGGGCUAAGCCCCCGAAAGGAGGAUAAUGCUUGUAAGAGGACUGUCCCCCAGUGUCCCGUGGUGCCCAUUGCUCAUGCUCAAGGGAAGGCCCUAAAGCCACUGGCCCCAUAUGCUCAGGUGGGGAGCACCAAAGCUGAGGCUGGCACAGAGAUUUCCAGAGCAGCUGCAGCCGGCCUCGGCCCUCAUCGCUCAAGAGUCCGCACACAUGGAAACCCAAAGCACGUGGGAGAUGCCUUGUCACAUCUUUGUCAACAAGUGUUUGUUUUUAAGUUACCACUUCAAAGUUUCAUAUUGCCAUCAUCCUCAGGUGUUUCCAACAAAGGGAAACCAGCCAUUUACCAUUUUUAAGGUCUCUUGCUGAGUACAGAAAUCAGGCAGUGAGAGAAAGCCAAAAAGCGUUGCAGGGGAAGGUGUCCAACUUGUCCUCGACUUCCCCCAGCUAGAGAGCAGGGGAGGGCCUGGCUGCCCUGCUUUCCCGCUUGGCCUUCCGCACUGCCUCUCUCCUUCCACUGGGACACUGGGGUCUCCAGGUGCUGCCAGAGAAGCCGCCUUGGUUACAGACGGGGAACCCCCCAACUCAGCCAACUUGGAGUCCUUUGUGUUCCGCAGCCAGGGCCAGCCCAUGGCGCUGUGCUCCACGAGCCUGUGGGCUGGCCUCCGCUGACCUCAGUGCCUUUUUGUUUUCAGAGAGACAGGAGCAGGGCGCACUUGCUUGACGCUUUGCUGCUGGCUUACUCCUGCCAGGAAGGGGACUGUGGUGGUGUGGGAGGUGACGCCGGGGGAGCCCUCCCUCCGAGAAUGGGGCGAGAGUCGUAAACCUUCUCAUCGAAGGUCCCGUGCUUUGACUCCCAAUAAGUGAUGUCAAAGCACAUGGACCGGGAGUGGGGGAGAAUCAGAUCCCCAGCCUACAUCUGUACUGGCUCCUUGUUCAGGUGCAAACUGAAAAAUAAACUAGCCAAGCAUCUGAAGUAAGUGGCCAGGGCUGCCAAGACACUCCAAUGCAGAGGGAGAAGGACUUUUCACGUUCAAAGCAGGGCCGGCUUUCCAGUCCAGUCUCAGAGGUCACUUCUUCGUCGUCCUCUGCCUUCCCAGGUCCUUCUUGGGGUGGGCUGAGCCUCAGCUUCUUUGUGUAGCCUCAGAAGUCCCCUCCCCCACUCUUGCUGUGUCCACACUGCCCCUGAUCCCAUACAAACUGUGUAGUCUUCAGAGCUACAAAAGCAAGACAAGCUAGCAGCUCAAAAAGAUUCUUUAGGCCCCCAGGAACCCUGGUUUUGUGCCAUUUCAUGCUCAGCCUUAUUGCUUCCCUCCCUUAGAAAAAUCUCUCUCCCUGCUGUGUAUUAAAGGGAGCGGGUACAAAGAUCUCUCUCCCGCCGUGUAUUAAAAGGAGCGGACACAGAGAUCUCUCUCCCGCCGUGUGUUAAAGGGAGUGGGUACAGAGUCCUUUUCCUCCAUGCUGCAUGUCUUUAACAUUAAUGGAAGGCACGGCUCCUGCUGCAGCCGCUGUGAAUGCUGCUGAGAACCUCCCUCUGAUGGGGGUGGCUAUUUUAUUUUUGAGAAGGAAAAGAAAGUCAUGUACAUAUAUACAUAAAGGCAUAUAGCUAUAUAUAAAGAGAUAGGGGUGUUUAUGAAAUAAGAAAAUUAUGGGAAAAUUCUGACUUUAUCUAAAGCACAGUUAGACCCAGGACCCACGCCGAGGUCCAAGCCUCGGCGAACAGUCUGUAUAAAGUAUCCCUUCCCCCUGAGGUGGGUAUGACUGCUGGUAGUGCCUUCUAUCCUUGUGUUGCCCCGUGUGUACAUGUUUGUUUUGAGGAUAUUUUCUUUCUAAAUGUCUUUCUUAUAUGGGUUUUAAAAAAAAGUAAUAAAAGCUUGUUGCAAAAAUGA